UCUAGGGAGUGAAGUGAUGGCUCCAGAUAAUCAGAAUGUGCCUUCAAAGUCUGGCACAAACACAGAUCCAUGUCUUCCUCGGCAGUCUUCUUCCGCCUCCUCCAGGAGUGCUCUCGAGAGUUAUGUCGAGCAGCAUACACAACCAAAUGUUGAUGUUGAAAAUUUUCCUGCACAGUCUUCAUCAUCUACUUCUUUAAGUUCAGUCAAGAAAUUCGCGGAGAUAGCAGCAAUCCAGGAGUCAUGUAUGCGUGCAUUGAUUGACCCAGACCAGGAACUUGCCUUGAGACUAUGGAAUCAGUCCCUUGAGGAUAUGAAGAAUCACUAUGCUCCUGAUGUUGAGAAGGCAUUAUCUGGGGAACAUCAGCCGACUACAAAUGCUCCUGGAAAUGGAGGAAUUUCCGUUGUUUCUCAAAUCCAAGAUUCUAGCGGCGGACUGGGCAAUAUCCACAAUUCUGGCCGUGUAGUAUCCAUUGAGGUCGAUUCCCUUCUUGAGCAGAUCAAGCAUCCAAUGGACCCUCAUAUGAGGCUUAUUUAUAUCAAGGGUCACAUACCUGCUAUCAGUGUUGACCCAAUUGGGAGCCGCUUUAUACUGAAGAAACUUGACACGGCAACUACUGGAGAGAUAAUUAUGCUCUAUAACGAAAUAAUGCCCCACAUCCACACACUGAUCAUUAAUGUCUUUGCCAAUAGUGUGAUUCACAAGCUUCUUGAUUAUGGACCAGCAGUCUACACUAGGAAGCUCGUUGGUAAUCUGUUGGGGCAUGUGUUAAACCUAAGCCUUCAGCUCUAUGGUUGUCGAGUGAUCCAGAAGGUAAACUGA